AUGUACAACAGUCACACCGACAUCUGGGCUGCAGGCGCAUUUGCUGCAGUCGUAGUUGACUUCGUGGUAUACCCAGUCGACACACUCAAGACUCGCAUACAAUCACCAGACUACAGCAAGGUGUUCAAAGAUGCGCACACCGGCACGAUUAAGCGCCAGGUUCUCUUCAAGGGACUUUACCAAGGCGUGUGGAGCGUAGUAUUCUCCACAAUUCCUUCAUCCGGUGCAUUCUUCACAACAUACGAAGCCGUCAAAAGCAUUCUCUACAACUCAUCCACUCAAACCCCGGAUAACAAUCCUUCUGGGGGAUCUCUCAAUAAUAUUCGUUUGCCCUUCAAGCAUUCUCUCCCAACACCAAUAAUGCACGGGAUUGCAUCCUCAACCGGCGAAAUGGUAUCCUGUUUAAUGCUCACGCCAGCGGAAGUGCUGAAGCAAAAUGCGCAAAUGAUUCAAAGUCAAAACAGCAGCCAACACGGAAACAAAAGCGCCAUGCGACUGGUUUUAUCUCGCUUUCGACACCGGCCCUGGCGUCUUUGGAACGGCUACACGGCUCUCGUGGGACGCAACUUACCAACAACGGCACUACAAUUUCCACUUUUCGAGUUCAUUCGAUCGAAUAUGAUAAAGAGAUGGAGGGAGCGAAAAGGAAAAGAAGGUGACUCAAAUGCGCAAUCUGAUCUUCUCAUAGAGCGCGCUGGCUUAACUGGGAUUUCGGCCGCCAUGUCAGGCACGGUUGCAUCGACGGUCACUACGCCAAUUGACGUCGUCAAAACCAGGAUCAUGCUAUCGGCGGCAAGCGAGGACACUGAGCGUGGGAAAGGUGGCUCAGACAUGAAAGGGGCGGCUCGUUCCAAGCAGGGACCGCUUGCUGUCGGGAGAGACAUAGUGCGCAACGAAGGAGUGAGGGGACUAUUCAAGGGCGGGCUUAUUCGGGCUGGAUGGACGGCUGUGGCGUUGGGAAUGUAUCUUAGUUUGUAUGAGGGCGGAAGAUUCUACUUGGAGAAUCGGCGGAGAGAGAGGGAUGGUUUGAGUCUCCAAUCUGCUAGGGAAGGCUAG